GUCGCGCGUGGACGCACGUCGCGCAGGAGGAAGAGGAGGGGGGGGGCGGUGGCUGUGGGGUGACGACCGUGGUUGCUUGUACGUUGCGAUCGCUCCUCGAGACCGCGACAUACGUGCGUACGGUGAAAAGGACACGCGCAGCGCCGCCGAGAAUCGACCUCUAAAUUUAGUAAUUGUACAAUGGAGCAAUAAUUUCCUGCCCGUUUCCUCCGUCGCUUUUAACGCUGCCGUCUUCGUCGCGCCUCGUGCACCACGGUGCAUCCCACUGUACGCGCGAUCCUAGUGCGUUCAUGAUCGCCUCCCGAGUGCGAGUGUCAGUCGGAUGCAAGUUUCCUGCUUGCCUUUUUGGGUUCCGAUACCGCAGGGAUAUUGCUACUUCGUCUUACCUCUCGAGUAUAUCUCGAGACAGCAGUUCCACAGCUAACAGCAAUACACUUAUUUUUAAAGGAAACGCAUCUUCAUCACCAUCAAUCAAUAAUAUUUUAGAUGAGAAGACAAGGUCAAGACGUUAUGCAGGUGAACUUAGCAGGUAUCAGGCGAGAUAUUAUGAAUCUUGCCCAUAAUUACAGCAAUGCUCAGAAAGCUGUACGAAAAGCUACCAGCAAUGAUCCUUGGGGUCCAAGUAGUACACUUAUGGCAGAAAUUGCCGACUUAACAUAUAACGUUGUAGCAUUCACGGAAAUUAUGCAAAUGCUAUGGAAAAGAUUAAACGAUCACGGGAAAAACUGGCGACACGUAUACAAAGCCUUAGUUCUCUUAGAGUAUCUCAUCAAGACGGGAAGUGAAAAAGUAGCGCAACAAUGCAAGGAAAAUAUUUUCGCCAUCCAAACUCUAAAAGAUUUUCAAUACAUGGAUGGACAUAAAGAUCAAGGAAUUAACGUGCGGGAAAAAGCGAAACAAUUAGUGGCCUUAUUAAAAGACGACGAGAGAUUGAGAAAUGAGCGAGCUAGGGCGUUGAAGGCGAAAGAGAGAUUUGCACAGUCGGUCAGCGGUUUUGGAAGCGACGGUUUGGAUACCAUGUCACCUGUCAGUAGUGAUUUUCAGGAUUGGGAGCCCUGUCACUUAUCCGAACCAACGGCUAGACGUGCAACGGAAUUGGAAGCCGCAAGACCGCAAACGGUAGGCGAAGAAGAAUUACAACUGCAACUGGCUCUGGCUAUGUCCAGAGAAGAGGCAGAACAGGAAGAACAAAGAAGACGCAGCGACGACGUUAGAUUGCAAUUGGCGCUCAGUCAGAGUCAGCAAGAUUUUAAAACACCUGAAAAGCAGAGCCACAUGCUGGAUUUACUAGAUGUAAAUUUGGGAGAAGCGAGUGGAUCCUCUGUACAGACUGACCCUUGGGGUAUCCCGAUAACUGCGCCGCCGCCCAGACCGCAGUCUUUGGAUUUAUCCGAAUGUGAUGAAACAUACAAGCCGCAAAAUGAUCCGUGGAGCGUUCCAACAACGAGUACCACAUCGCCUGCGGUAGACCCAUGGACGCCCGUUCCUCCACAACGACCGAGAUCCUCAGCAGCCGCUAUCGAUCCAUGGCGUGCACCUGCCCCGUCUCCCGCCACAGUCGCGUCCCCGCCGCGUACGAAUGAUCCUUGGUCACCAGUUCCAUCCACUACUACAGAAUCAGAAACGAGCAAGUUACAGGCGGCUCAAGAUGGCAUGACGUCCCCGUCGCCAUCCUUCAACAAUUCGACGUUGACACAGAAUAUCGGUUUCGCAGCGCAAUCGCCUCGGCAUAUAGGUUUUAAUCUGCCACCGGUAACUUCGGCCGGUACCUUUAACACCAGCAACGGUUUCAAUGGCACCGCGCCAGGCUUCAACAACUUUCCUACUCAGAACAACGAUCAUGCCGGCGCGAGCCCACUUAGCGAUCUUGAUGAAUUCGAUGUGAUUACCAACCGGGGGAAGUUUGGCGCCAGUCCGCAGACAGUGAACAACGGCGGAACGGUAUCAUCGGGAGAUCCCUUUGACCUGGGCGGCAUGGGGGAAAACCUUCCCGCUAGCACUGGUGCAGUGAAGAAGACACCGCAAUCCUUCUUAGGGGAGAACUCUGCGCUCGUGAAUUUGGAUAACCUUGUCAGUGCUUCGGCGAUUAAGCCUACGGCUCCUGCGCCUGCAGCAAUUAUGUCAUAUUCGGCGAAUCCGUUUGCAACUGUGACGCCUCCGCCCCGUCCUACAAUCAAUCAGAUUCGACAAGAUCCAUGGACAGCGAAUUCAACAAGUUCUACGGCUAAUCCGUUCCUCUCGUAGCCCGAUGAAUCGAAAGCUCCGUAGUUAUCAUAGUCUACGAGACGUUUGCAAUUUUACAUGUAACCCUGUACGGUAUAGAACUCGGUUAACGGUAAAAUACGAUCUUGAUUAAACAGCAACUACGCGGGUAGGGAAAGACGCAAGUAACAUUACUGUAAAACGGAGCGAACAUCUUUAUUAAUGAAUUUCUCAUUGGGAACCUCAAGGAUGAAACACUUCGCAAUGAUGAUGAUGUUGAUGAUAAUGAUAAUGAUAAUGAUAGUGGUGAUGAUAAUGAUGAAACACAUUUAUGGUCACUGUACAAGCUUUUCUUUUCUUCUUUUUUUUCUUGCAUGUAUUACUCGCUUUUUAAAGUUUAUUGUGGAAUCAUCAGCUGAAAAACUGAUAGAAGUGUGGCAUAUAUGUGUAACUGAGCAAUGGUUAGGCGAUUGAAAGGUGAAUCAUGUUUUCUAACUUCGAACGCUUAAACGCGAUUCCUCUCUCCUACAUCUCCCAAAGUACGGCUAGAUUUUAUAUACUCCUUUCACUAUAUAGUCUAUUUUCUAUGUACGAAUCAAUUCAGGGAAAGAUUGCUUAGUAACAUCACUUCGCUGGGAUAAGGAUGUAAAAUAACGCUGGCGUUGAAAUCAGUUUAUGCGUUUUAUAUUUGUACACGCGUUUUCUAUGCGGUAAAAAUGAGAUCGUGAGACUGUACAAUCGUGAUUUGCAAGAGCAUUAUUAUAUCGAACAGGGUUUCGUUUGCAUCAUACGCUUGAAACACACGUCGAUUAUGAUCUGUAAAAAACAAAAAGGAAGAAAAUAUCAAUGUGGCUUGCUUUCUAACGAUAAGAAUCCAUAAUACGGGCAGCUACUGUGUGUUGCAAAAUGUGCAAGCGCGAAAUUCUUACACAGCCGUGCGGCUGAUCAUUCACGAAUAACGAUGUAUUGUGCGAUCUAUGAUACACCUAACGCACUUCUGCACGAGAAUGCAACUGCGAAAAGUAGCACUCACGCUGAAAAUACGCUGGAACAAUAAUCCGCAUUGUUUUUAUUACUUAGAUUUGCGGUUUCAAUCAAUCGUGAGCAUAUUUAUGUAAAUUUGGUGGAUCUUUAGCUGAAGAAUCAAACUAAAAAAAAAACAAACGAUAAGUAUUGCGUCUAUUGUAUUCGAGGAUUAGGGACAUUUAAAUUAAAAUACCGGUACAUUAUUUCUAAGACUACUUUUGUGGACAGUUGUUUAUCGAAACACCCAAAGCUAUUUAAAGAGCAAAGUCGCGCUUCUUGAGCGAUCGCAGUAAGUCUCGCAAAAUUGUUCUUGCCUAAAUAGGCAAGCGAAAUCGCUAUCAUAUUUUUCAAAUUUACAUGACUCCGAAAUAGGAAUCAAAUUUUUUUACAUAUGAGACAAGUUACAGGCGUAUCUUAAUUUACACAAGGAAUGUACAUACAUUACAGCAUAUCGUUCCCCAUUUGUCAAUUGUUUGUACUAUUUUUAACGAUGGAUAUAUUGGUAAACAAGUUUUAGUGAUACUGGAAAGCUUGCACACAGGACGUUGUCAUUCUGUGUUUGCAGGACAACUUGUUAAAUUGUUUUUUUUUUUUUCUCUCUUAGAUAUGCUAACUGUAUCAAUGAUAUGCAUCUGCUACUACGUGAUCUAAUAUUUAUCUGUUUAUGAGUAGUAUAUAGAUCAAAGAUACAAUUUUUCCAGGCGAAAUCGUUAAUCUCGUGCAUGUAUGGAUCAUCUUUUUCUUCAAAAUAAUGCAUUUUACAAUUUUAUACAAAGAAACUUCUUAGCUAUGAAGCAUUGACAAAGGGGAACUGUAUUCGCUUAUCUACUCAAGUAAAUCAGAAAUUGCACGAUUCAAGCUGUUCUACGUAACGUCGAGCAAAUAAUUCCAAUGUAUUAUUUAUCGUUAAAUCUAUAAUUUCUGUUGGCUUUAUGCAAUUUUAACAUAUACUUGCUUAUAUGAGUGAAAUUGUAUAUUUAAUAUCUAUUAUUUAUCCAGAUGUUCGCCAGGAUAUGAAGUUAAAUUGUACGUGAUACGUGCACAUUGACGCAUAAAGAUUUUUAUUGUACGAUAACUUAGCGAUUUGAAGAUAUGGAUUCCAUUAGUCAUCAUGCUAAUUAAAUAUCGGAUGAUGUACCCUGUAUUUCUUGAUUUCGUUUAUGUACCUAUAUUUUUUUACCUGUUUUAUUUAAGUAACAAAUAUGAAAUCAUGAUAUAUACACAGCUUCAUCUCUGUGCGAACAAUGGAAUAUUCUUGUUUAGCUUUUAGAGCCGAUGUAAUUGCAGAAAAAUUCAAAGAACAUUUAUAUAAAUAAAUAUUAUAUAUUUUAGUAGAUU